CGACGUUUCUUCUAUCGUCGUUUUUUUUUCCUUCUUCGUUAUUAAUCUACUUAUUAUAAUUUGGUAAAUUUUGGAAGGAAAUCAAUUGAAAUUUAUUACACGUGGGCGAAGUGAAAUGAAAUUUGAAUGGUACUUGCGGUUUAGUGGGUUUGUAAGAACGUCUAUUAUUGAUGGAGAAUAAACGGAUAUUGUACGAGUGCUUGUUCUGAGCAAAUUUUUAAUUGCAGUGGUGUCUUUUGUUUCAUGUCAGUGUUACAGUUACAUACUCAUUCGAACUGAAACCAAAUGGAUUUUGAUGAAUAUCGUAUUAGAGGUAAAGAAAUGGUCGACUACAUCGCAAAUUACUUGGAGAACAUACGUAGCCGGCGCGUAUAUCCGGAUGUGAAACCUGGUUACAUGUUGGAACUAAUUCCUCAUUCAGCUCCUUUGAAUGCUGAACCUUGGGAUGAUGUAUUCGGUGAUGUUGAAAAAUACAUAAUGCCCGGAAUCACUCAUUGGCAGUCGCCAUACAUGCACGCGUAUUUUCCAGCUCUAAAUUCAUUUCCAUCUCUACUCGGUGACAUGCUAGCUGACGCUAUUAACUGUUUGGGAUUUACUUGGGCGAGUAGUCCAGCGUGUACAGAAUUAGAAAUUCUAAUUAUGAACUGGCUCGGUAAAAUGAUCGGUCUAACGGAUGAUUUUCUUCAUAUUAACAGCGAAAGCACUGGAGGAGGAGUUAUACAAACAACUUCCAGUGAAUCGACGUUGAUCUGUUUACUGGCUGGGAGAACUGAAGCUAUCAGAAGAUACAGAAUUGAUAAUGCGGUAGAUGAAAAUAAUCUCGAUGAUUCCGAAAUUAAUAGCAGAUUGGUGGCGUAUUGUUCUGAUCAGGCUCAUUCGUCCGUUGAAAAAGCUGGAUUAAUUGGAUUAGUAAAACUUCGAUACAUCGAAAGCGAUGAAAAUUACUCUUUACAAGUUGAUAAAUUAAUCGAAGCUAUUAAACUGGAUAGGCAAAAAAACCUAAUACCGUUUUUCGUUUGCGCAACUUUAGGUACCACUGCUGCUUGUGCUUUUGAUAACUUAGAAACCAUCGGACCAGUGUGCGAACGGGAAAAUUUAUGGCUUCAUGUUGAUGCUGCAUAUGCGGGCAGCUCAUUUAUUUGUCCAGAAUUUCGUAGAUGGUUAAAAGGUGUACAUUUUGCACAGUCUUUCGCUUUUAAUCCGAGUAAAUGGUUGAUGGUCAAUUUUGAUUGUACAGCUAUGUGGGUCAAAAAUUGCGAAACUCUUCAUCGUACCUUCAACGUGGAGCCUCUUUAUUUAAGACAUGAAAAUUCAGGUCAUGGGAUAGAUUACAUGCAUUGGCAAAUUCCAUUGAGUAAACGUUUUCGAGCAUUGAAAUUAUGGUUCGUUAUACGCUGUUAUGGCAUUAAAGGUCUUCAGAAUCAUAUUAGAGAAGGUGUCAAACGAGCCCAAAAAUUUGAAUCGUUACUGAAAACAGAUUCGAGAUUUCUAAUCCCAGCUACGAGGCAUUUAGGUUUAGUGGUAUUUUGUCUCCAAAAAGGUAAUCAUCUUACGGAGAUACUUUUAAAACGACUGAAUACGAGAGGAAACAUACAUUGUGUUCCGGCAGCCUUAAAAGAUAAAUAUGUUAUUCGGUUCACUGUUACUUCGCAAUAUACAACUGACGAGGACAUAAUUAGAGAUUGGAAUGAGAUAAAAGAAGCUGCCACUAUAAUUAUUUCUGAACACGAGCAAGCUUCCAAGACCAACUCAGUAGGAAAACAUAUGCUUGCUGAAACGAAACUGGGCACUUUUGGAACCAGUUUGUUACUAUCGAAUACACCUAUGUCUCCAAAAGUGGUAAAUGGAAGCUUUGCAGCCAUUUUUGAAAAAGAAGAUUCUGUCUUGUCUCCGUGGACCCAGUGGUUGAGUCAGUUUCAUAAUGAGACCAAAAUGAGCCCGACCUCCUACGUCAAUGUGGACAGACUACUCGCGUUACAGAACCUUUGAAAAUUGUGAAAAAUAAGAAGACAACGAGCUUUUCAGCGGCGUACUCGCGGAGAUAUGUUUCGAAGUGGAAAGCAGUUUUCGCUUGAUUCCAGACUAAACAUGGUAAAUAAAUUAUUCUUCCGUAUCAACAUCAGCCCAUUGCCUGAACUCCAUAAAAAUCCGGUGAAAGAGGAAGAAAUUAAAGAAGAAUAAUUAUUAAGUGCUUUGUAAUUAUGGAAAAGAUUAUACUAUGUCCUCGUAUAA